CAGUGAAGCUCCUCCCACAGCAAUUCUCCAAUAAAUGUUGUAAAUUCCCAUCAGCUACAAGUGAACACGAGCAUCAGGAAGAGCUGAAAUCUGCAAAGACUGAGUUUAUUAAAGAGGACAGUGAGAACAUGAGUGAUCCAGAACCCUGCAGAAUGAAACAGGAGGAGAGAGAAGAACUGAGAGAAGUGAAGGAGGAGAGAGAAGAACUGAGUGAAGUGAAGGAGGAACAUCAUGUCCAACCUGGAGAAAAACAUUUGAGUUGCUCAAAAACUAAACAGACAUUUUUAAAGAAAAGAAGAUCCAAGAAAUCUUUCACCUGCACUCAAUGUGGGAAGAGUUUUACAUGCAAAUGGAGUCUUAAAGUUCACACGAGGAUCCACACUGGAGAGAAGCCGUUCAGAUGUAAUCAAUGUGGAAAGAGUUUCAGACAAAAACCUAAUCUUGAUUCGCAUAGGAGAGUUCACACCGGAGAGAAGCUGUUCACAUGUGAUCAAUGUGGCAAAACAUUUAUUAGGAAAUUAGACCUGAAGAGACACCUGACAGUUCAUAUGAAAGAGAAGCUGUAUUCAUGUUCUGUGUGUGGAAAGGGUUUUUCAUGGCUGCCAACUUUACAUAGACAUCAGCAAAUCCACACUGGUGUGACUGUGAGAGAGUACGUGUGCUUUGAGUGUGAGAAGACUUUUAUUUCAGCAAAGGAUUUAAAACGGCACCAGAGAAUUCACACUGGAGAAAAACCUUACGAGUGUUCACACUGCGACAAGAGAUUCAGUCUGACAUCAACUCUGAAAAAACAUGAGAGGAUCCACACUGGAGAAAAACCUUACAAGUGUUCACACUGUGACAAGAGAUUCAGUGUUUCAUCACAUCUGAAAACACAUGAGAGGAUCCACACUGGAGAAAAACCUUACAAGUGUUCACACUGUGACAAGAGAUUCAAUCGGUCAGGAAGUCUGAAAAGACAUGAGAGGAUCCACACUGGAGAGAAGCCGCACACGUGUGAUCAGUGUGGGAAGAGUUUCUCUGUUAAAAAUAACCUGAAGCAACACAUGAAAACUCAUAAAUAG